GUAUGUGAGUAAUGUGAUGUGAGGAUUGUGAGCUCCUCCCAUUACAAAAUGAAGUCUUUAGAGGAAUUGUGUCUUACUCUUAUCUCAAGGAAUAUCGGUGACUUCUCCUCCAGAUUGGGGCCACACCUGAGCACUAAGCACAAAGAAAUGAUCUUAGAAAGAUUGAGCUGGCAUGGUUUGUUUUCACAACAGCUAUUACCAAUCAUUUCUUAUCAGUUAUUCUCUUCAUCCCUUCAGAGAAUUAAUUUAACUGAUUCAGAGCAGAUUAAUGACAGCACACUUGAGCUCCUGGGAGUAUCUCAUUGUCAACCAGUCUCAUUCACUCUACACAAGUGCCCCUUGGUGACCAAUAAAGGUAUUGAAUUACUCUCGAAACUCUCCUUUUUUAUCAAAAUGGAAUAUUUGAAAUUGUCAAAACUAAAAGGUCUUGAAGGCAGUGAGGGUUUUCAAAGAGUUGGCUCAAAGUCUGUCAAACAGCUGGUGCUGACUGGAUGCAGUGGGCUGAGGGACAAAGGUUUGAUUGACAUUAUAAAGAGAUGUACUUCUGUAUGUGAGUUGGACUUAUCUGAAAAUCACAAGCUAACAGAUGAAUCAAUAAUUAAUGUAUCGCAAACACUAGGAGGCAAUCUAAGAGAAAUAUCUUGUAAUGAACUAUCAAACUUAACAAAUGCUUCAACAAUGGCCCUCGCUACAUACUGCCAUUGUGUCGUAAAAGCUAACUUUGAAGGUUGUGUGAAGCUUGAUGGCUCUGGAUUAAUUCAAAUGGCUGAGAAUUGCUUAUUAGAAGAACUGAAUAUUUCAUUUUGUUAUAAGCUCCAGCCACUAACAGUUGAUACUCUAGUGUCUACUCUCAAUGCCAAAGGCCCUUUGAAAUCCAUUGACUUGAUGGCAAUCAGUUUUGGAGACUUCACAGUUGAGUUUAUUUCAUCAUGUCACUCUCUGUCACACCUUUUCACUGCUGGAGUAUCCAUGAAUGACAAUGACUUUGACACUUUGUGUCGUAGUUUAGGUUCUACUCUUAAACAGUUAGAUAUAUCUGGUUGUCCUUUGCUAACUGAUUCCUCAUGUACAUCUAUUGCACAACAGCUACAGAAAAUUGAGUUUAUUGGAAUGAGAAACAUGAAAGAUAUCAGCGGCUCCAGUUUGAUGGAAUUAUUUCAAAAUCAAUCGAGAGCUGAUAAUAUUAAAUACGUAGCAUUCUCUGGAUCAAAAGAUAUUGAUGUUCAAGUUAUUGAAUCAAUAGCAAGAAAUUGUCAUAACAUAGAAACGCUUCUUUUAGCUGGUUUAAAAGGAAUUACUGAUGAUGUUGCAUUUCUCCUGUCCGAUAACUGCCCUCAGUUAACACACUGUAGCCUUAGAAAUUGUUCACUGACAGACAUUGGAGUCUCUAGACUAGCAGUUCACUGCAAGAAGCUUGUGAUGCUCGCAUUAGCUGGGAUUCAUCAACUAACUGACCUCUCUAUACAUGCUUUAGCUAAUAACUGUCCUUAUCUCGAUGAAAUACAUCUUUCAGGAUGUGCCUUAAUUACAAAACAGGCUCUGGCAUUUCUAUCAGAUACAGUGAUAUGCUCUUUAUGGAUCAAUCAUAAUGUACCUAAUGCUCCUCCUGGACUGCUAAUGGCUAAAGACCUUGAUACCGGGAAAUAUCAAAGAGUUGAUAACUAAAUAUAAUUAUGUACACUUUUAACGAUUUUUAAUGUUUGGACAGUCACAA